AUGUUUAAUUUAUCAUGGUUGGAAAGGUGGUCUUGGUUAGCAUUUUCAAAAAUUGAAAAAGGUGAAUUUUGUAAAUAUUGUGUGUUGUUCUAUAAAAGUGAAUAUGCUGGGAAAAGCAUGAAUUCUCCACCUAUAUCUUUAGUCAUUCAACCUUUUUGUAAUUGGAAACAUGCUAUUAGUAUCUUCAAUAAUCACCAGAACAAUGAGGAUCGCAAGUUUUCUAAACUAAAAGCUGUUGAAUUUUCAAAAAUAAUUGAUCAAAAACAAAAUGAUAUAAUUGUUCAAAUGCAAGGAUUAGCUCUUAGAGGUGAACAUGAUUUUGGUGAACUUAGUCUAAAUACUCCAAUAAAAAAUUAUGGUAACUUUAGAAGCUUAUUACGCUAUCGAAUUGAAAGUGGUGAUAACUUAUUUUUAAAUCACAUACAGAACUGUAACAAGAAUGCUUCUUAUAUAAGUGCUAAUGUUCAGAAUGAUAUUGUUUCUGUUAUUUCUGAAUAUAUGCAGCAUUACAUUUGUGACAAAAUACGAAAGGAAAAAUACUUUGCAAUAUUAGCUGAUGAGACAAAAUAUAUAAGCCAUGUUGAACAGUUUUCAUUAUGUAUACGAUACUUAGAAAAAAGUUCAAAUUUUGAAAAAGAUAAUACAUAUAUAAUAAGAGAGGAUUUUCUACAAUUUGUUCCUGUCCAUAGUACUGUAGGAUCUGAAUUGGAUAACACUAUUAUAAGUACUUUGACAUCUUUAGGACUAAAUUUAAAAAAUGCUUGA